CCCAAGGCCUUCAUCUCUAACACACUCUCACUCUUUCUCUGUCUGCAAAAAAAAAAAAAGGAAAAUGGAUCGCAAAGGUGUUCUCUCCCUCGCAUUGAUCUGCAUUGUCGUCGCCGGCGUCGGAGGUCAAUCCCCGGCGGCAGCCCCGACUACAACCCCGGCAACUCCUGCUGCUACUACUCCAGCAGCAUCUCCAGCUCAAGCACAAGCUCCUUCUUCAAAGCCAAAAUCACCGGCGCCGGUUGCUUCUCCCAAGUCAUCUCCGCCAGCUUCGUCUCCGAAGGCCGCCGCAACACCGGUGUCAACUCCAGCUGCAACUCCGUCAAAGUCAGUUACUCCAGCUCCGGUGGCCAAGGCUCCAGCAUCGACACCACCUGCGGCUGCUCCAGUGAGCACUCCACCGGCACCAGUGAGUUCUCCACCAGCUCCGGUUCCUCCCGUUAGCUCGCCGCCGGCGAAGUCUCCACCUACACCCGCACCGACAAGCACUCCUCCUGCAAGUUCUCCACCAGCACCUGUGGUAGCACCAAGCGCUGAGGUCCCUUCUGUUGCUCCUGCUCCCACGAAGUCAAAGAAGAAGACUAAGAAGGGUAAGAAGCACGGUGCACCUGCACCCUCACCGGAUUUGCUUGGCCCUCCAGCACCGCCGAUGGGAGCUCCUGAUGCUUCGUCCCCUGGUCCUUCUACUUCUGCCAAUGACGAGAGUGGAGCUGAAUCCAUCAGAUGCUUGAAGAAGGUGUUGGGAUGCUUAGCUUUGGGCUGGGCUUCCCUUGUUUUGAUCUUCUAAAGAGAGAGUGUGCAUUAUAUUUGUUGUUACGACAUUCUUGUAUCAUUUAUUUUCUUUUUGAGGCCCUUUUAUGGGCGACAUUUAAUUUAUUUUACUACUAUUGUUUCCUUUAAACUCUGAUUAUUCUAUUAUUCACGAUGUUUAUUGGCAUUA